AUGUCGUCUAAAAAAGAAGACGAAAUCCACUCCGCAAACUUCCUCGCGCAGUUAAAAAAGCUCGACUGUUCCCAAGCGAGCAUCGAACAGUUGUCGUUUUGGUGCCAAUUCCACGCGAAAAAAGCAUCGGUUUUAACACCCAUUUGGACGGAGUCUUUGAGAAAUUCGAGUAACAAUCAAAACGUGUUAGCGCACGUAUACUUAGCCUCGGACGUGAUUCAAAACUCGAGGAAGAAAAACAAAGGCGAGGAGUGGAUGAAAAGCUGGAAAUCGGUGAUGGAAAAUUCAGUGAAAUUCGUGUGGGAGAAGUGCAAAAACGAAGCGAAGAUACGCGCGAGCGUGAAGAGAAUGAUGGACGUGUGGGAGGAGAGGAGAGUGUUCGGGUCGAGGGUAAAACCGAAAACGUGGAUUGCAAGCAGUGAUGAUGACGCUGAAGAAGAAGACAUGCAAAAGACGAACAAACGGAAGAAUGAGAUGGACACGGUCGCCGCCUCGAAGAAGAGUACGACGAGUGUUAGUAAGAAACAGAAAGCGGACACGCCGCCGCCGCCGCUGAGGCAAUCGCACGACAUAAAAGAAAUGAAAGCGAACUAUUUGGAAGGCGAGGACGCGCUGUUGGCGGAAGCGUUGCACGAGAUGGAAAAAUGCGAGAGAGACCUCGCCGAGGCGGAGAAGGUGUACGAAGAGGACGUGUCGGGGGAUUUACUCAAUUUAUUGGACGCCGGCAAGGCGAACGAGCCGAUGGAGAAUCUGUAUAAAACGCCGACGGAACAGUUGACGGCGUUGCAAAAAUGCGAGAACGCGUGGGCAAAGAAACGCGCGGCGGUUGAAAAGAUGUUUAAAGCAAACGCGACGUUGACGAAACGUCUGGCGAUAUUGAACAAGACGUGCGAGGAAAGAGAAAAGGAAAACAAAGAAAGAGAGAAGUGGUUGAGCAAAUCGCCAACCGUCGCGGUGCAAAUAAGCACGGCGAGAAUGAAAGCUUCGAAACGAAACGCGGCGUACGUAGCGACUGGCGGUGAUGAUGGUAAGAAGAACUCAGAAGAGUUAGACAAUCGAGAAGAGUUUGUAAUCCCGGAGCCGGUAGACAUGGACAAAAGCGACGGUGAAGGAGAGGAAGGCGAAGAAGAUCCGGAGGAGUACGAACCGUGA